AUGUUUCAUGACGUUCCUCAACCGCUUACAAAGAGGAUUUGUUUGAGCAAAAUUAAUGCAGUGUAUGAUCCAUUGGGUCUAUUGACGCCAGUGACUGUGAGAGCCAAGAUUCUACUAAGGAAGUUAUCGGGUGAAGGUCUUGCGUGGGAUGAGCCAAUUAAAGAUGAAUAUCAACGAGAGUGGUUUAAAUUGUUUAGUGACCUGGAAGACAGUGCAGGAAUAAUGUUUAAACGGUGUGUCAAGCCAGUGGCAGCUAAGCCAGGAGCAGACCCCACACUAGUGAUGUUCUCUGAUGCAUCAGAGAAAGCUAUGGGAGCUGUUGCAUACAUAAGGUACGAAGUGCAAGAUGGAAGAUAUGAGUCCCAUUUGAUGGCUUCCAAAAGUAGAGUUGCGCCGAUAGAAAUUACAAGCAUUGUUCGACUAGAAUUAAGUGCAGCAGUCUUGAGCAAACGUUUGGCAAAAACAAUAAUGGAGGAAACCAACAUUUGCUUUCAAAGAGUAUUUUAUAUCGUAGACAGCAUGAUUGUCCGUGCCAUGAUCCAGAAACAGAGUUAUGGAUUUAAGACCUUCGCGGCAACGCGCAUCGGUGAAAUCCAAAGACACACAGACCCCCAAGAUUGGUUUUGGAUUGCAGGGAAGAUAAUGUGGCGGACAUUAUAUCAAGAGGUACUGAUCCUAGUGAGUUAA